GGUGCCUGCAGUUCAGAAAGAAAAGCACAUGCACAGCUGCUCCGAAAGCGCCCCCGGUAUCUGCAGAUCUCGCCCGAGCGCCGGGCGAGGGCUCUGGCGCCGGCCCAGGUCGCCCGCUCCAGCUCCGCGCCGCACGGGGAAGUCGCAGCCUCGGGCCACGAGCCCACAGAUCCUUCUCAAAGGAGUCGGUAGUCACAACUGUAUGCUGCGUGUCUUUUCCUCCGCAAAGGAACAGGAGGAUAAGAGCAUUGUCUCCUAGGAAUCCAGCACCGGAGAACCGGGGCACUCUUCCAAGCAUGGUUUCGCACUCGGAGCUGAGGACGCUGUUCUGCUCGGCGGACGCCGUGUGCUUCGACGUGGACAGCACGGUGAUCCGAGAGGAAGGCAUCGACGAGCUGGCCAAGUUCUGCGGCGUGGAGGACGCCGUGUCGGAAAUGACGCGGCGCGCCAUGGGCGGGGCAGUGCCCUUCCAGGUGGCGCUGGCCGAGCGCCUGGCGCUGAUCCGGCCGUCCAGGGAGCAGGUGCAGAGACUGCUGGCCGAGCACCCGCCGCACCUGACCCCCGGCGUGAGGGAGCUGAUAAGUCGCCUGCAGGAGCGUGGGGUCCAGGUGUUCCUCAUCUCCGGAGGCUUUAGGAGUAUCGUAGAGCAUGUUGCCUCAAAGCUCAACAUCCCAGCCGCCAAUGUGUUUGCCAAUAGACUGAAAUUCUACUUUAACGGUGAAUAUGCGGGUUUUGAUGAGACACAGCCCACAGCCGAAUCUGGUGGGAAAGGAAAAGUAAUAAAAUUUUUAAAGGAAAAAUUUCAUUUUAAGAACAUAGUCAUGGUCGGAGAUGGCGCUACGGACAUGGAAGCCUGCCCACCCGCUGAUGUUUUCAUUGGAUUUGGAGGAAACGUAAUCAGGCAGCAAGUAAAGGACAAUGCCAAAUGGUACAUCACUGAUUUUGUGGAGCUCUUAGGAGCACUGGAAGAAUAAUGCACAUGUUUAUGUGCCUUGUAACAACUUUCAGUCAACUUUGAACCGUUACAUAGAGUGGUACUGCUGGCUUGCAUUGCCAAGGAUGACUUGGUAUAUAAAGUUGAUUCUGUGUAUACUCAAGUAAAGGAUAGGACUCCUCGGAGACGGUGGGUUUUUAAAACAUAGCUCAGUAUUUUAUUAUGACUGUUAAUUACCUGGGGAAUUUCAUCAUCUGAAUUCUUAGGUAUAACCCUAGCUGUAUUUUACUUGAAGCCUUUUAAAGGCGUAUAAUAAACUAAAUACUUUCAUUCUUGGAUAGUUGAGUUCUGCGGCCUUAAGGGGACACUGGUGACCCCGUGGUAUAAAAAUAAAAGUUUAUCUACUCAA